CUCAAUACGAUAGGAAAAUAAAAACAAAGGAAAGUCACCAAAAAAAAUAAAUAAAUAAAAACAAAGGAAAAACCUCAAUUCAACGGCACACCCAAGUUCCAACCAUCCCCAGCCUCAACUCACUCUCACCUCACUCACCGCACCUUACAGAGCUUCACUCAGACACUCGCUCUCACCUCUCUCACUCACUGAACGCUCACUGCCGGUCGUCACUCGUCAUUCUCCUCGCCGGCUCCUCUGCCUCGUCCUCGCGCCGUCAGUGUUUGCUCGCCUCUGCUUCCUUCGCGACUGUGCCUCCUCCGUCAGUGUCGUCCCGGCCGCCUUUCCUCCGCUGUGCCUCCGCCUCGUGCCUUGUCUGGAUCUGCUUCCUCCGUCGUCAUCGUGUUGGCUCAUCUGCAGACUCUGCUCUGCUCCUCUUCUAAGCUCUCCCUCCACCGAAGCUCUGCUCUCUUUCGCCGGCGGCUUACUCUGCAGCUGUGCAACACGGCAACUUCCCCGAGUUGAAAAAUCGUCCCUGACUGUUUCUGGCUUUCUGCUUCUGCUGUAGAUUUGACAAGAUCAUCAAUAAAGAAAUUCCUUCUAUUGUGCUUCAUGAGGAUGAUAAGGUACUGUCUGUACUACAACUACCUGCUUCUUUCUGCUCUUUAGGUUCAAGUCAGUCUCCCAAUUAAUUAAACCAUUUUUGUUGACAUUUCGUCAUUAUUUGCUUCAUCUUACACGGAAAAAAUGAAGAACUUUUUCUAUCAUCUUAUGCUGAAAAAAUAAACAACUUUUUCUAUGGUCACUCUUCAUAAACAAGGACGAAGAUGAUGACUGGUACUAGGAAGUUACUGUCCCCAACCCAUUUCCGGCCCAUCCCCACCAUUGUCCAUAACUCUCUUGCUGAUGACACCCAAUUGAAUUCUAUUGCACCGUUUUGCCCCCAAAGACAUUUCCGGUUAGCCACUGAUCUCAUCAAAUCAUAUUUUGAUAAGGGGUGCAUUGAAGAAGCACGCAUGCUGUUUGAUGAAAUGUCACAUAGAGAUGUUGUCACUUGGACUGCUAUGAUUACUGGCUAUAAUUCUUGCAACCACCAUGGUCGUGCGUGGAGCGUGUUCUGUGAGAUGUUGAGAUACGGGAUGCGGUCUAACGAGUUCACCUUGUCUGCAGUUUUGAAGACAUGUAAGGGGCUGAGUGCGCUUUUGUGUGGGAAGUUGGUUCAUGGGUUGGCUAUAAAGAAUGGUACUCAAGGGUCAUCCAUAUAUGUUGAUAAUGCGCUAAUGGAUGUGUAUGCCACUUGCUGUAGUAGCAUGGACAGUGCAAGAAUGGUUUUUGAGAGUAUCCUUAAGAAGAAUGCUGUCUCAUGGACAACGUUGAUAACUGGAUAUACUCAUAGAGGAGAUGCUUAUGGUGGCCUUCGAGCUUUCCGCCAAAUGCUUCUGGAGGAAGGAGAGCUGAGCCCCUUCAGCUUUUCAAUUGCUGUUAGAGCUUGUGCAUCUACUGGCUUGGGUAAUUUGGGCAAGCAGGUACAUGCUGCAGUGAUUAAUCAUGGAUUUGAGUCCAAUCUUCCUGUCAUGAAUUCUAUACUGGACAUGUAUUUCAAGUCUUGUUCAGCAUGUGAGGCAAAGCAAUUAUUCUUUGAAAUUAGUCAGAAAGAUACUAUCACAUGGAAUACCUUGAUAGCUGGUUUUGAGACAUUGGAUCCUAAACAAUCAUUCUGCAUCUUUUCUCAAAUGGUAUCUGAAGGUUUUAGUCCAAAUUGCUUCACAUUCACCAGUGUGGUAGGUGCAUGUGGUAAGUUAGCGUUUCUGUAUUGUGGGCAGCAGCUUCAUGGGGGAAUUUUUCGUAGAGGCUUCAAUAACAACUUGGCAUUAUCCAAUGCCCUUAUUGACAUGUAUGGAAAGUGUGGAAACAUAACAGAUUCACAUAAAAUAUUUAGCCAGAUGCCAUGCAAAAAUUUGGUCUCCUGGACUUCCAUGAUGAUUGGAUAUGGGGCUCAUGGGCAUGGAAAAGAAGCUACUAAAUUAUUCAAUGAGAUGGUCAGAUCAGGUAUCAAACCUGAUAGGAUAGUGCUCAUGGCAGUUCUGAGUGCUUGUAGCCAUGCCGGACUAGUGGAUGAGGGCCUGAGAUAUUUUAGACUAUUGACAAGAUUUUAUAAUGUUGCACCCGAUCAAGAGAUAUAUGGAUGUGUAGUUGAUCUGCUUGGGCGUGCUGGUAGAGUAAAGGAAGCUUAUCAACUAAUAGAGAAUAUGCCUUUUAAGCCGGAUGAAUCUAUAUGGGUUGCCCUUCUUGGGGCUUGUAAAGCUCAUAAACAACGAAGUAUAGGCAAACUGGCAGCUUCAAGGAUGUUGGAAAUGAAGCCAAAUAGGGCAGGAACUUAUGUGCUUUUAUCAAAUUUUUUUGCUGCUGAAGGUAACUGGACUGGUGUUGCCUGCUUAAGGAAGCUUAUGAGAGGUAUUAAAAAUAAGAAAGAGGCAGGGAUGAGCUGGAUUGAAUUGAAAAACCAGGUUUACAGUUUUGUUGUUGGAGGUGAAUUUGUUUCUUCAAAUGAGCAGAUUGUUGAAGUUUUGGAAGUAUUGAUUACGCAUAUGAAAGAUUUUGGAUAUACACUUGACUUAGAUUGCUUUGUACAUGACCAAGAAAAUGAGGUUUGAACACAAGCCAUAUGGUUAAUAUGUCAUUGCCGAAUGCUCAGCUGUUCAUAGCAGCUCAUUUGGUUCAAUUCUUGCUAUCUCAAUCAACUUGUUCAUAAGAAACCGGAAAGAGUCCGGCAUUUUACAUGUUUUAGCAGAGAGAGUUGCUUCGAUUAGUUUAGAAAAUAGAAAUCAACAGAAAAUUAAUUGGAAGAAGAGCAGGUUAUCUUUUGAUUAAGUUCUGUUCUUUCUUGCUCUCGGGGAUGCAAGAAUAAUUUAUUGGAAGAGAGAAGACAAAAGUAGGAAGAUGUGGAAUCUUUCCAACAGCAAACAAAACGAAAAUUGUUCCCUUUCUUGCAUUGCUAAGUUUCUAACAAGUCAGGGUCCUAAGCUCUACAAAUGCUACAGACUAAAGAGGAAGGCAAAUAAUGGCAAGGAAUUUUGCAUGAGAUUUGUGAGCUUAGAUAUUUGUAUACUUAGAAUCAAAUGAUAUUUGAUGCUGAUCAAGAAAGAUGAAGAGGCUGUCACUAGAGUUAAGCCAUACAUUUGCACCAUGCCGCUUAGAAUGGAUGAUGGGUGGAAUCAAAUCCAGUUGAAUUUAGCGGACUUCACGAAGAGAGCAUAUGGCACAAAUUAUAUGGAGACGCCGCGGGUUCAGCGCAUGCAAACUGUCGCCUGAGAAGGAUAUAUUUCUCCGAUCGCUUGUUUCUGAAGAGGAACUACCACCGUAAUUCAAAUUGUACCUUCCGAUGCAGAAAGCAUGAACAAGUCAUAGCAUGAGGAAUUCAGAGCCUGAAGGCGGUCGAGCGAUGGAUUUUUUUUUUGGAACACUAUAAUUGCUCUAUUUCCCCUCUUUCUGUCAGAAAUUAAGCAGUAGUUUGGUUCUCAUGUAUGGUGAUUUAUGCUUAUAUGUGAUAGUAUCUUGCUAAGAACACAAUGAUGAAUGAGAUGCAACUGGGAUUGCAUGAAUAAUGUACAUUACAUGGUUAUAUGAAAGCUGGCUCUGUAUGCUUUUCUAAUGGGCUGUAUG